AGCAGACAUAAAGUCAGGAUACAUUGGCGAUGUGGAGAGUAUUAUUCUCUAAACUUGCUUUCGACUCCCAACAGGGUGUAACACGAGCAGUUAACGAAUGCUGGCCGAUGCGGGAAUCCCUAGAGAAGGGCGAAGUGUGUUCUAAAGUGGUGCAUAACAUGUCCUCCUCAGCUGACUUGUAGGUGAAUAUAUUCAGAUAUUAGCACACUAUCUGAAGAUGGCGUCAAACACGACACGGAUUAUCAAUAACAGCGGUGACCUUAUAAAUGAUUCUUCUUGGAGAGCUGUUGAUAGCGUUGCUUUUGACAUCCAGACAUAUUAUCUCUGGGUUAUUCUCGCUUUGGGAUUCCCCGGUAACUGUGCUACCAUCGUCACAGUCAUCAAAAUGUCCCCUGCAAGAUCUCUUACUGUCUACAUAGCACUAUUAGCAGUUGUUGAUAAUCUUGCAAUAGUCAAUAAACUACUUCUGAUCGUACUGCUGGAUCACAAGAUACACGUUGGACAACUGGGGUGUAAGGUUCUCGGGUACUUUGGAAAUUUUCUUACCACCUUUGCUAACUGGCUGCUUGUUGCAAUGUCCAUGGAGAGAUUUGCUGCUGUGUGGUUUCCUCUGAAAAUCGGCCAAAGUUGGACAUUUAAAAAAUCCAUUCUCGCAGUAGUGCUCUUAUCCCUACCUUUGUGUAUCUUGUUUCUUCAUCUGUUCUGGACAAUGAAGUUUCUUGUGGAAAAGGAAACUGGAACCUAUCAUUGCGAUAUCUAUAAGGAAUAUGAAUAUUUCAUGAUGCACAUUUGGUACUGGAUAAAUAUCUUGGUAUAUGCAUUUAUACCUUGCAUACUUCUUUUGCUCUUCAAUCUGCUGAUCAUAGCUGGAAUUGUGAAAUCAGAUAAAGAACAAAAAUAUUUGCAUGGUAACAAGAACACCAAUUCUGGUGUUGAUCGCCAUCGUCCAAUCACAAUUAUGUUAGUAACAGCAGCAGCUGUCCUGGUUGUUCUAACAACCCCUAGAUGUCUCAUGCUUAUUCUGACACCAUAUUGGAACCCUGAUCAUCAGAGUAUGGAGGGUGCUGUAAAGUACCUCUUGGAUACGUUGGCGUUUCUGUUAUGUGACUUAACUCAUGCCAUUAACUUCUAUGUGUAUUCCCUAAGUGCUAAACGAUUUCGAGGGCAGUUUAUUGAGCUGUGUUUGUGUCGACACCACAAAGCCACGCAGAAUCAUACUCUAGAUGUGAGUAUUCCAUGUCGAACAUCAGUGAGAAUAAGCAUGAAGACACUUAGCGGCGAGAAAACAAGCAUGUGAAGACAACCCUGUGUGUGGAUUUAAAUACGGGAACAAUCUUUUCUGUGUUCAUAUUUGUUGGAACCACUUGUUCCUUGUGACAGUUGUACUUUAAUAUAGACACAUAAAAUCCCACGAACAGAUUCCAACCUGUCUCGCAAUCUAUUCUUAAGCCUUUUCUUCUACAGACAUAUGUAUCAGCGCGAAUCUGAUCAGCUGCCAAAGUAAGGUUUAAUAAUUAGGGUGAUACAUAAUCCUACCCAUGUUAUACACCAUACUUUACAUUAUAUUAUAGGUAAGCGUUUCCAUUAUUUUGUAUUUCAGCAGAAAAAAACGAUUAAUUGAUAUGUCUUUUUUUAAAAAAUGAUUGCGAUUCGAUAAUACUAUUUCGAUGAAAUUCCUGGCGCAUGCAGCGUCCACAUGAAUAGACACGGGAACAUAAGGUACAAGUAAGAAUAGGAAAUUAUAGCGGACAUAAUUUUGGUCACUUAAGCAUGAAAUUGUCCUUCACAUGUCUACGAAUACGAGUUAGUGUUGACACACCUGGAAACAGUAUCAGGGCGAAUGUAGGAUUCCAUAAAAGGUUUAAAAAUGUCCCAAGGGAUGCAUAUUGCAGCGCCUCAGACGACGUGACAACUAUUAUCCCGUAAUUAUUUAAAUAUUCGAUGUGAAUAAAUAAAAUAAUACUAUAUAACAUUUAUGUCCAUUGUCCAUUGGAUAAGCAGUCUCACUCGGAUCAAAGACUCGGAAAGUUUAAUGGUCGCAACAAAAUAAUUGACUGAAUCUUCUCAGCACAAAGGUUCAUAUUAUAAAAGACUUAGUGCGUCAAGCCUUAUGAAGUUAUAGGUAUACCAGUCGGAGUGUAAUAUUUAAUAUAUUAUUAAAAUAGGAUGCCAAAAUAACAAGAAAACGUAUGGGUGAUAUCAAGUAUUUAAAUAAUAUAAUAAUUCUAUUAUAUCAAUUUAUUUUCUAGGCAGCAACUUCUGAUUGAUCGAGGGGUUAACUUUGAAUGGAAGAUAAUAUUUAAAAUGUCAAUGUAUGUAUGUUUAUGUUUUUGUAUUCAUAUUUUUUACAGGAAAAAACUCUCAGAAAACUAUUAGUUGUGAAAAGCCGUCAUGUUUAACCAUAAGGUUUUCAAAACGUUAUGUAAGGGUAAAUUAUGCAUAAAACGAUUGUAUUAGUCUAAUAUUUGUUUCAGAUGACAGGGUUUUAUUUCCAAACAACCUUUUAUAGAAAAUAUGUUUAACAUUGAAAUAGAUAAUGGAAAUAAUAAUCGUAAAAAUGACCACAACU